AUGAAAAAAGCAGAAUUAGUCUAUGAUGAAUUUACUGAGCUGAAUAAUUCUAACAAAGUGAAUUUAGUAGUUAAACUUUUUUUAGCAAAAGGUCUUGAAAAAAAAGUAUGUUCUGUUGUCUAUAUCAGAAAUUCUAAAUGUAUACAACAAAGAAAAAAUAAAGAAUUUAGGGAGGCAGCAAUAGGAAGUCUAAAAAUCAUAGAUUUUUUUUCUAAUACUCAACUACCAGUAGCUAAUAGUGAUAAUGAAGAAUUAAAUGAAGAGUCAGAUGAAAAGUUAGGUAAAGAAUUAAAUGAAAAAAAAAUUUUUAGAGCAAUUGAGUUUGUAAACCAAAUAAUAAAUAAAGAAGCACUUAUAAAAACUGAAGAGGCCUAUUAUAUAGCAGUUCUUUAUUUUCUUCGAUUACUUCUACAAGGCCAAAAAAAAAUGAAGACAUCAAAGACAGUUAUAUACAUUAUUAAUGAUAGGUUGUAG